GACUUCACUUCAGUUCAAACGAACCCGGGAGUCCAGAACGAAAAGAGAGGGAGGGAGAAAGAAGCUGAGCCCUUGCCCCUUCCCACCCUCCCAUCUCUUCCCCUCGACUGCCUAUAAACCUGUCCUCCCCAUGGUCCCCAGCGGCAGGGCGCUGCUGUGGGCCCUGUGCCUGAUCCUGGGGGCCAGGGCUGUGAAAGCCAGGAUCCUUGUCCAGAUCCACCCCGGAGCGGAUUGGGCUGGUGGCAGCGAAGGGGAUGCCGUCACAGCUGGGGUCCCAAACAAGUUCUGGUCCAAGAUCGUGAAAAGGAAUGAACCUGGUUUGGUUGAGAAAACAAAUCCCAAGGAAAAGGAAGAAGACAAGCUGGCUGCCUCUGCUGCUGCCGCUGAGCACCUGGCAGCCUCAGUGUCCUCAGUAUCAAGGAACCAGCAAGGACAGGGCCUGGAGGAGGGCCAGGAGCUAGAGGGGGAUGAGGGGCGGACGGAAGACCAAGAAAAUGGCGAGGACCUAGCGCAGAAGGAGAAGGAAGACCAGGACCAAGAACUUAACCAGAUGAAGAAGCAUCCCAGAGACCCAGGGCAGGAUCAGGGUCAAGCGCAGAAAACAGAGCAGGAGCAGAACCAAAAACAGGGAGAGAUUCAGGAGAUAGAGAAGGAAGAGGAGAGAGAGGGAGAGGAACAAGGGCGGGAAGAAGCGCAAGAGCAGGUCCAGGGGCUUGAGCAAAGGCAAAGACAGGGGGAAGAGGGUCAAAGGCAAGAAAAGGAGGCUGGAGAGUUAAAGGAAAGUCAGAUCCUGGGCCAAGAGCUGGAGCAACAGCCGAAGCAGGUGCAGAAACAGAUAAGGAAGCAGCAACACAUUCAUGUGCAGGAAGAGGUGCAAGACGAAGAGGAGGAGCAAGAAGGGCCGGAGCAGCUGCAGAUUCAGAGGCAGGAGCAGGAGUGGGAGGAGGAGGAGCGGGAAUGGGAGUGGGAGGAGGAGGAGCGGGAAUGGGAGGAGGAGGAGGAGGAGGAGGAGCAGCAGCAACAAAUUCAUGAACAGUGGCAGGAGCCGGGGCUGUCUCUGGCGAAGGAGCAGCAGCAGCAGAUUCUGGUACCCCACCGGAAACAACAGAUCCAGAAGCUGCCUCAGGCGAAGGAGCAGCAGCAGCAGAUUCUGGUGCAGGCGGAAGAGCAGAAGCAGCAGCCGCUACCACAGGCCAAGGCGCAAGAGCCUGUGCUGGUGCAGCCUCCAGCAACUACAAAAGGGCCAGCGCAGAAGCAGUUGCCCCUCAGGGCGUCUGAGCAGGCAAGCAUGGGUCCAGGCCCUGGGCACAGCAGUAAGAGCUCAGGAAUUUUCCCCAGCCCCGGUCUUGGGACCUAUGAACCACAGCAGCUACCACUAAAACCGCAGCAGCGACCGCCCCACCUGGAGCAGCUACCACUCGGACCGCUGCAGCGACCGCCCCACCUGGAGCAGCUACCACUCGGACCGCUGCAGCGACCGCCCCACCUGGAGCAGCUACCGCUCGGACCCCUGCAGCGACCGCCCCACCUGGAGCAGCUACCGCUCGGACCCCUGCAGCGACCGCCCCACCUGGAGCAGCUACCGCUCGGACCCCUGCAGCGACCGCCCCACCUGGAGCAGCUACCGCUCGGACCCCUGCAGCGACCGCCCCACCUGGAGCAGCUACCUCUCGGACCCCUGCAGCGACCGCCCCACCUGGAGCAGCUACCUCUCGGACCCCUGCAGCGACCGCCCCACCUGGAGCAGCUACCGCUCGGACCCCUGCAGCGACCGCCCCACCUGGAGCAGCUACCGCUCGGACCCCUGCAGCGACCGCCCCACCUGGAGCAGCUACCGCUCGGACCCCUGCAGCGACCGCCCCACUUGGAGCAGCUACCCCUCCGACCGCAGCAGCGACCACCUGAAUUGGAGCUUUCCAACAGAGGUCCGAUGUACCUGGUUAUGCUAGCUUGGAGCCCUUGGGAAUGUCAUUGCCCCACGGGUACCAUGAGCCGAGUUCGGAGAGGAAUUUUUUUGGGUUUCACUGGGCGUCUUCGACCUGGACCCCUGGAGACCCAGCACCAGUCCUGCAUUUAUGCCCAAUGCCACUGUAACCAGGAGAACAAAGAAUGUCCCUCAGACAUCUCGUGUUCCUCCAACCCUGCUGCCUGCAAUCGAAGUACUUUUCUAACCCAAUUAGCGAUUCCAGAAAACACCAUCAAGGACAGGGCAUUCAGGAAACAAGUCCGAGAUGGGCUAGAAGAAGUUUGGGUAGGACUCCAGUCUCUGGUGACCAAGGAGAAAAAGAUAAAGAGAAACCAGAAGUGAUGGCCACGUCCAGCCCCAAAGGAAGAGGAGGGGGUGUCAGCACCCUAGUCUCCUUCCCCCUUCCACUGCUACUUCAAAUUUUCCACAUCUUAUGGAUAUCUUUUGUAAAAUAAUAAAGGUUGUUUAUUAAAA